GUUGAUAUCGUUUUAGGGAUUACAAGACCCUAUUUUCAGUUGAUGGCUUCCAAAGCAAACUCGCCCAGAAAGCUUUCCGGCUCUCCCUUGUCCUUGUCACAUACAAUUUCUUCGUCGCCUGUGUUCGCAAGUCCCACUGGCCUUUAUCUACUUGGAAUCCGUGGAGGUCAAAACUUAACAUUGCAGGCUCAUUCGCUGACCAAUGCAGUGGAAUGGUGUACUUCAACUGUGGCUGGUCGACUAUGGGCAAAUUUAACUCGCAACGCAAUCCCGUGGACGGUGGUUUGCCUUCGUGAACGUCUAGAGGAA